AUAGAACUGUUUUCAAAGGAAGGCUUUCCAAUGAUGUUUUGGUUGCUGUUAAGGUCCCCAACAAUUUCAAAGCAACUGGAGAAGAAUUCAUUAAUGAAGUUGGAUCAAUUUGCAGAAUCCAUCAUGUCAAUGUCACUCAAUUGGAUUUUGUGCAGAUGGAAAUAAAAGAGCUCUUGUUUAUGAGUACAUGCCAAAUGAAUCAUUGGAGAAGUUUAUCUUUGCAACCAGAAAGUUGUUCCCCCACUUGGGAGAAUCUUCGAGAUAUUGCAAUAGGAAUAGCAAAAGGAAUUGAGUACUUGCACCAAGGUUGUGAUCAACAAAUCCUUCAUUUUAACAUCAAGCCUCACAAUAUCUUGCUAGACCUUAACUUCAAUCCUAAGAUCUCUGACUCUGGUCUAGCAAAACUGUGUUCCAAGGAGCAAAGUGCCAUUUCUAUGACAGCAGCUAGAGGAACAAUGGGAUAUAUUGCGCCGGAGGUACUGUCUAGGAACUUUGGAAAAGUGUGAUAUAAGUCAGAUGUUUAUAGUUUUGGUAUGCUAUUGUUGUAAAUGGUAGGAGGGAGGAAGAAUAUUGACAUCACAGUGGGGAGUACAAGCCAAGUUUACUUCCCAGAAUGGGCGUAUAAUUACUUGGACAGAGGAGAAGUGCUGGGGAUUAGAAUAGAGAAUGAGGAGCAUG